CAUCGCGCCACUCGGCCGGCCCCAGUUCUUAUUUUUUGUAAUUUCAUGGAUUCAUAAAAAUCUUCUAAUACAAAAGGCACCAGGAUUUGCAAAUCAUUAUUCUAGACUACUCUAAGAAAACGAUGACAUUAAAAGGAAACAAUGUAGGGGAAACAAAGUACUCCCCCACUAAAAAUGAAGAAAUCAAGUUAUGUAUAAGUGAAAUAUCUCCUAUUAAUGAAAGAUCAUUAGUUGGCAACAUCUGUCGUGUUAUGACAAAUCUGUAUGCCCAAGUGUGCAAACUCAAAUUAAAAUUUUUAUAUUUGGUGGAGAAUUAGUAGUUUUACAAUACAAACCCCUGGACUACAUUUUCUAUGUAUUAUCUGUGUCAUAUUUUCAUUCUUGACAAAUAAGCAUUUUGUAUGAGAAAUGUACAGAGAAAAAUACAAGGACAUGUUGGAAACAUACAUCAACUAGACUUGACAUAUUAUGAGAGCUCAAAAAAACUUUGUUGAAGUGUACUGAAGUGUAUGCCAUUUAAUGGUAGACAAAAUAUUACAGGGCAGAUUCCACUUCUAUGAAAAAUGCUAAGAUGACAACACAGCACAGUGAUUAUAAGAGUAGUAAUAAGACCACAGGCUUUGGAUUCAGACAAAUUUGGGUUCAAAUAUCAGCUACAGUACUUAAGGCAAAGUUAUUUAACCUAACUUUGUCUCCUCAUCUGUGAAACAGAAAUGAUACCUACUUCAUAAGGUUAUAGUGCCAAUUAAAUGUCAGUUAUAAUUUUUAUAUAACAUGAAUUGCCAAAAUCCACAGUCCAUUUUUUUCUAAGUCUCUGGAGAAUGAGGCAGAGGCCUGCAUAUUUUUUACAGUUUUACAAGUGGUUCUGACUAGCACUUUUAUUUAGGAAUCACUGUCCUAGAGCCUUACUAACAAAGCUUUACCUCAGUCCAAAGUAAGGAACCGUCACAAAGAUAAAAAGUCACAAGACAUGAUCCUUUGGCUUAGUUCCAAGUUUCUAAGACAGCCCUUUACCCCAAAUUCCUUUUACAGAAAGAACCAUACUACAAAGUUCCAAUUUAAAGUCCUUUCCAAAGCCAGGAAAAACAUGAUUCCAUAUUGAAAUUUUACAUCAAAAUAGGUACACCUUAGCCUCUUCCUAUUCCAAUUACUGAAUAGUUUUAACAUUGAAUACUUUAAAUCUAUGUAUAGGUGACCACUGUACCCAAGGCUUACAUAUACAAUAUGUAAGCUGUCUUGUUUUUUAAUCUUCCUUAAAAAUAAGUUUAUAGUUUAAAUUUAUUGAUGCUUCACUUAAACACUCCCAAUAAAUUUUUAUUCAACACAUACAUUUUUAAAUGUGCACAAUCUUACUAAAAACUGAUCGCACCUAACAUAAAUUCAAUAUUCCAGAAGCAAACCUGAAACCAUCCUAAGUAACCCAAUAAAACAUUGCAGAGAAAUACAUAAAACAGAAACACAUAAACAUAAUCAUGAACAUUUUAUUCCAAAACAAUCAGUAUGAAAUUAUGACAAUCCCUGGAAGAAAUUAAGAGUUUAAAAACACUAGAACUUCUUCAAAAUAAGCAAACAAACAAAACGCUUAGAAUGAAGAAAUACGCCAAAAGUUGAUCAACUGAAAGCAAACAAGUAAAAGGAAUCUCCCUUAAAAGCCUUUUCUGUUACUGUCAAGGAGAGAACUAGACAGGAAAGCAAGAGCUAUACAGACAAUAUAGACUUUACUAAUGUAUGUAUUUUACUAAUUCAAACAAAAGACAUUUUCUCAGCUAUUUACAUUAGUGAAGCUUAUGAAUGACUAAUGCAAUUGCUAACUUGAAAAGUGGUAUAAUCCAAGCUUUCAUAUAACAGUACAAAGGUUAUAAACCCUGUAUCAGGGACUGGUGAAGUACUAUUUAGUGAGCCCAAGCCUCAAUGCACUUGUACAUGCAAUUUUUAAAAAUAAAUGCUUUACUAUCUUCACUCACACAGAAUAUUAAGUUUGUAACAUGAUGUAAUAGAAAGUUGUGUAUCAACAGAAUAUAAAUCCCAAAUAUGUUAAAGAAGACUAUACAGAAGUUAAAAGAAAUAAGACAAUUUUGACUUAAGCUAUUUGAAAGUUAUUUUCGAAAGCCCAGUAGUAUACGAAAAUACAAUUCUAAAACACUGAAUUGACUAACAGGUGCUAAUUUAUAAUUAAUUUUUUCUAGACUCGAUGAAGUGUCAAAAUACAAAAGUAUUCUUACUUUUUAAAAGUUUACUAAGUCAAAUAAAAGUUUACUAGUCCAAAAUCAAACUGAAGGGUUAUGUAUUUGUUGGAGAACACCCUUUCUAAGUUAAUUCAAUAUUCCUUCUUUAAACGCCUUUUCCUAUUUACUGUAGGCAUAUAUGACAUAUAUUUCAGCUAACAAUACUGCUUACAUUCUAAAUAUAUAUCAGCCUGAAAAACAGGUGCAACACUACUUAGAUGCAUGUUUUUUUCUUCUAAGCCUAAAUUUGACCAGGAAAGGAUUCAAAAAUAAACACAAAUACCCAAAAAAAGUUGAACAAUCCUUUUAAAAAGAUGUAGCCGUUCUGAAAUCCAAGACAUGAGCCCUUAAACUACCAGUAUCUUCCAAAAGUUAGUUAAACCAGCCCAUCCAAGUUUCACCUUAGCAGGAUCGAGUCAGGCUUAAUUAUGAAGGGUCCUGGGGAUAUUUAACUUUGCUUCCCCUCUGAGUUAGUAAUGUGAGACAAGUACGUCUUACUCCCAGGUAAUACUAAAUCUUUUCUCAGUCGUUUCACAAAGACAACAGAUAGCCUGGUUUUGCUUUUUAUGGGUAAAACUGGGGAUAGAGGGGGGAGGCCUCGUGAAGGGUACCCUAAAAUGAAACAUUCAGUACAGGCAGACCUCGUUUUAUUGCGCUUCGCAUUAUUGCGCUCCACAGAUGCUGCGUUUACAAACUGAAGGCAAGACCCUCCACAAGCAAAAGCUUUGCGAUUCGCUUUAUUGCGGUGGUUUGGAACUAAACCGCAAUACCGCCAAGGUAUGCCUGUAUGGAGAAGGCUUGCUGAGUCAGUCACUAAAGUAAGAAUAGGGAAUCUAAAGUGAUUACGGCAGCAUCCCAAGUAAGAAGGUACUUAAAGUUAGCGGUAGGAAAUGAAAAAACUUCACAGUUCAGCGCAAAGUCAUUGUGCUUGGUAGUAGACCUGGAAAGACGCGUGGCUGUCAAGGGGCAAGUGCGUACCAACUCCAGAGGAGGGGGCCAGACGUGCCAAAUCGGAAAGAGGGGUGAUCCGGGAAAAGGUGGUAAAAUGCCCAUCCCAGUCUCUCUUCUCGAGUUCUCCAUCUCAAGAGGCACAAACAAGAACAAGCUCGGUAUCCAGCAGCCCCCACGCCGGACUCUCCCACAGAGAGGAGCCCAGCCCCAAGCCCCGGAGGCCCGGGCAGGCCGCCUCCGGAGGAGCCCCCGCAGACGCCAUACUAAAAGCCAAAAUGGCUGCCCCAAGGAAGCCCGCACCGCGCAGCUAGUGAGGGUUGGGGAACCAGCUUCUGCGGGAAAGGGGAAGGAGAACUCUAGGAAGAGCUGUGGCUAGGUCCAACGCCCCCUGAGCCGCACAGGUUCUAGUUACAGCCACCCCUUGCCAUAACUUUUGACCUAUAUUUGGAAAAAUACUGGCCAGAAAAAAAAUGAUAAAAUUUUUCCUUAUGGUGAAUAAACAAGGGCAGACCCGACUUUCUAAGUACUAUGAACAUGUGGAGAUUAAUAAGCGCACACUUCUGGAAACAGAGGUCAUAAAGAGCUGUCUCUCUCGAUCCAAUGAACAAUGCUCGUUCAUUGAAUUCAAGGAUUUUAAGCUAGUCUAUCGGCAGUAUGCAGCUCUCUUCAUCGUGGUUGGAGUUAAUGACACUGAGAACGAGAUGGCGAUUUAUGAAUUCAUCCAUAACUUUGUAGAAGUUUUAGAUGAUUACUUCAGCCGAGUGAGCGAAUUAGAUAUAAUGUUUAAUUUGGAUAAAGUACACAUCAUUUUGGAUGAGAUGGUGUUAAAUGGCUGCAUUGUGGAGACGAAUCGGGCAAGAAUUCUUGCCCCUCUACUAAUUCUUGAUAAGAUGUCAGAAAGCUGAAAAGUGGCUCUGCCAAGCAACAUCGACAUAGGAAAUGAGAACACGGUAUACCACUCAACAUCUAUAGCCCAAAAGAAUCAAGAAGAGCACACAUUGCAGAAUGGGGUAUACUUCCAAAGACAUUUUAAAUAGGUGUUUUUCACACCUAAAUGGAAAAUGAAACUAUAUUUUAAAAUAUGAUAUACAAAGAAA